UGUGUUACUUAUCACCUGGCCAAUCACUGUGGUCUCUUCCACAAGUACACUUGCAGCUACCGAGAGAUGACCUUCAUCUUCACAGCCUUGCUCUAUCUGGGGCUGAAUCUGGGCCAACAGACCUCCGUGUUGGCAGGGAAUCUCCACAAGCCAACCCUCAGUGUUUAGCCAGGAUCAAUGGUUUCCAGAGGGAAGCAAGUGAUCAUCUCGUGUGAGGUGACCACAGGGGCCCAGGAAUACCGUCUUUAUAAAGAGGGAGGUCCACAUCCCUGGCACUCACAGAACACACUGAAGGCCACAAAAAAGGCUCAGUUCUUGAUCCCAUCAAUUGAACAACGAUAUGGAGGGAGAUAUUGCUGUUACUACAAAAUGGCCACUGGGUGGUCAGAGCACAGUGAUCCUCUAGAGCUUGUAGUGACAGGAUUCUAUAAUAAACCCAGCCUGUCUACCCAGCCCAGCAUCGUGGUGACCCUGGGGGGAACUGUGACCCUUAAGUGUGUCUCACAGCUGGGCUUUAGCAGGUUUGUUCUGACUAAGGAAGGACAGCUGAAGCCUUUCUUGAUCCUGGAGUUAAUAAACUCCACUGGGCAGUUCCAGGGCCACUUUCCCCUGGGUCCUGUGGUCCCUUGCCAGAAGCAGAUAUUCAAAUGUUACGGUUAUUAUGACACCAGCCCCCAGGUGUGGUCGGAACCCAGUGAUCCAUUGGAAAUACAUGUGUCAGAAGCAGCUCAGCCCCCCAGGCUGUCACCAAACAUGUCAGACCCCAAGACAGUCUCACAGCCCCAGGAUUACACAAUGAAGAAUCGCAUCAGGAUGGGGUUGUUGGUCUUGGUUCUUGUGUUUCUUGGCAUUGUGCUAUUCGAAGCUCAGCACAGCCAAAGAGGAUCCAACACGCAGCCAGGGGAAAACAGUACUUCUUUCAUGAUGGCAAAGACCUGGGAAUAA